AACUAACUGCCUUGUUUCUCCUUAGGCACCUGAAGUCCCCCCUGGAGGCCCUUUCAAUAACCAACUGCCCGCUCUCAGAUUCCAACUGGAAUUAUCUUUCCCGAUGCCCAAACACCAGCCAGCUCAGACGACUGGAUCUAAGGGGUUUCAAACUGACCAGUUUCAGUCCAGAGCCCCUCCAAAUUCUUCUGGAGAUGGUUGCAGCCACCCUGAGGAGCCUGGACUUGGAAGCCUGUGAGAUCACAGACUCCCAGCUCCAAGCCAUCCUGCCUGCCCUGAGCCGCUGCUCCCAGCUCAGGAUCUUGUGCUUUUUGGGGAACCUCAUCUCCAUGUCAGCCCUGAGGGACCUGCUGCUUCACACUGCCAGGVUGAGUCAGUUGAGCAUAGAACUGUACCCUGCCCCUCUGGAGAGCUAUGAUGCCCAGGGUGCCAUCCACCCAUGGAGAUGUUCCCAACUCUGUGCUGAGCUCACAGCAAUACUGAGGGACUUUAGGCAGCCAAACAUCCUUGUGUUCUGUACUGUCUCAUGUCCUCAAUGUGGCCGCAUGUUCCUCUACAACCAGGGCCUCAUUCACUGUUCCUGUCCAACAGCUGCCUAG